AAUCCACUCAAACACAACUAAAAAUUCAUUUUGUCUGACCUAAAUCAGAGGGUGUCUGCGCCACGGGCUUAUUACACAGUGCGCUUAAACUUGUGUUGUGGAGGAGGAUGGGGUAUUAUUAUCUUUCGGCUACCCACCCUGCUAUAAAAACUAGUGGUGCGACAUCUCCGCGGCGCAGUGCUACCCUCCCUCCCUUCCUCUCACGCUCGAGCUCGUCCUCCAACAGUCUCGGCUCCACUCUGCUGCGCAGAAGGUUCGCGCGCCUGUCGCUCUGCUUCUUCUCUCCGCUGGAUAUUCCUCCGAGGGGGGUUUCGGGUCUUACUUCUUUUUUUAUUUUUUAUGAAUGGGGCUCCCGCCGGUGGUCUGAGGAGCUUGUGAAUGGACUGAGAGUCAGACGGGUGUUUCAAUCGAGGGGCGAUGCGAAGAGGUCAAGGCAGGACCCACGGAGUAUAGUCUGCACCUGAAGAAACGGAGACAUUAGAGGGGAGAAUGGUCCAUCACAGAGAAGAAGAUCUGAUCGGGAUCCCCUUCCCCAACCACAGCAGCGACGUCCUUUGCAGCCUGAAUGAGCAGCGACGUGAUGGACUCCUCUGUGACGUCAUCCUCAUCGUCCGAGACCAGGAGUACCGCACGCACCGCUCGGUUCUGGCCGCCUGCAGCCAGUACUUUAAGAAGCUCUUCACCGUGGCGACCGCAGAGGGAGGCCACCAACAACAGACGGCAGCUGUUUAUGAAAUCGACUUUGUCGGUCCCGAAUCUCUCACGGCCAUCCUGGAGUUCGCCUACACCUCCACGCUGACGGUCACGGCCUCCAACGUCAAGGAGAUCCUGAAUGCAGCACAGAUGCUGGAGAUUCCCUGCGUCAUCAAUGUUUGCCUGGAGAUCAUGGACAGCGGUGGUGGAGAUGGGGAAAGGACGAGAGCAGAGGAAGAGGAGGACGAGGAGGAAGAUGCUGAGGAUGAGGAAGAAGAGGAUGAGGAAGAGGAAGAAGAGGAGGAUGGGAGGUCCAAACGGGAUGAGCAGGACGAGGAGGACAAUCUAAGUGAGAGGUCACUGCGUUCUUCAGAGAGCCGAGAAGGUCAGACCCCUCUGGGCACAGAGGACUCCUCCCCACCAAGCACCUCCACCUUCACCCACAGAGAGUCGUCACAGUCGCAGUCACCUGACAACACGCAGGGGAAACAGGAGAGUUUGGAGAGUCGGGCCCUGAAGGACUUCUCCAUCGAAUCCCUCCUCCAGGAGGGGCUGUACCCACGCAUGUCAUCGCUGGAGCGCAGAGCCAACUUCUCUCCUCUUCUGCCGGGCUUCUACCCUUCCGUGUGGGCGGCGGAUUUCCCAACAUUCCCUCAACAUUUCCUGGAUCCCGGCCACCAACAGCAUCCUCGUCCUGGAGCCUCACCACAGACCAGAAUCCCACCAAGCUUCCCCACACCUGCCCCACUGGAGGCCUCCAGGCCGCUCGACCUAGCGGUGAAAAGAGAGAUCAUCAAAGAGGAAAUGAAGGAGGAAGUCCCGCCCAGUCUGCUCCACGGCGACUUCCUGAAGGAGUUUGUCAGCGCUGGGUCGGUCCCGUCCGAGGGUCAUGUGCUGGGCCCAGUAAAGGAUGAGGCAGACUUCCGGUCAUACCUGAACUUUAUAAGCUCUGCAUCCCACAUGGGGGCGCUGUUUCCUCCGUGGCAGUUGGAGGAAGAGAGGAAGAUGAAGCCAAAGUCUUCACAGCAGUGUCCCAUCUGUAACAAGGUCAUCCAGGGAGCCGGGAAACUGCCGCGACACAUGAGGACGCACACAGGAGAGAAACCGUACAUGUGCACCAUCUGUGAAGUUCGGUUCACCAGACAAGACAAGCUAAAGAUCCACAUGAGGAAGCACACAGGCGAGCGACCCUACAUCUGCCUCCACUGCAACUCUAAGUUUGUCCACAACUACGACCUGAAGAACCACUUGCGCAUCCACACGGGGGUUCGUCCAUAUCAGUGCGAGCACUGUUACAAAAGCUUCACACGCUCCGACCACCUACACCGACACAUAAAGAGGCAGAGCUGCCGAAUCUCUCGGCCCAGGAGAGGAAGGAAGCCGGCCAUGUGGCGCACCACACCCUCCAGCAACUUCCUGUGUCCCCCUACGGGUCCCACCAAUCGGCUGGAGGAGACUGGGUUAAACUACCCAGGAGUCAAGAGCAGUGGACUCGGGGAGAUGUUGGGACUCGGUAGCAGGGCUGCAGAGGGGAAGAGGAGAGGGGAGGAUGACAGGGCAGGAAGGCAACGAGGAGUGUUUGCCUUUGCCUUAGCAGGAGAGGAGAUGCUUAGUCACUCUCCAUACUACGCAUCGACCUCCGACCCCUGGACAAUGAGGGUGGAGCGGGCUACUUCCAUCCCAGAGCCGGCAAAAUGAUCAGGAGAAACAUCAAUCUGUCUUUCAUUUCUCUGUUCUGGGGCUCCUGCUAAAGGGAAGUCUCCACAUGUGCUGGCACGAGAAACUAUUUACUGAAGAUAAGUUUCAAAGUUUGAAUGUUACCAACAUCGAGUAGUUAACCAACACAGAUAAUUCCAUGAUUGAACCAUGACAAACACCACUGAAAAAUCUCCACCAAAUAUGCAAAAGCAAUUUCCAUUUGUGACUUUGAAUGUAAAAUUCUUACAGUGCUGAUACAGUAUUUGUUUUUAGCCUUAUAAAUGGCUCAGAUGAAAUCUCCAACUUGUUUGAUGCGAGUUCCCAACGUUGGUUUUUGCCUUGAGGCUAAUGUUUUCCCGCUCAACAAGAAACCCACUUGAAUUUUCUUAAAAAGGGCAGAUGGUGGCUGUUCUCCUUCCACUGCCUCGUGACGAUGGACUCUCUUCGUCUGCACUAUUGUACAUAGAUGGACGUUUUGGUGUUAAAAAAAAACAUUUUUAUUGAUGAUGAAACCAUUAUUGCUGUAAAGUGCACCGAUCCAAAGACGUGUUCUUUGAUACUGACUUGAAUACGACUUGUGUAAAUGUUGAUGAGGAUGUAGAUUUGGGGUCAAUCACCGGCCGCUUCAGCUUUCAGCUUCCGUGACUUUGAUUUCCUCCGCUGCCAAAAACAAAACAAAAAAAAGGCUUUGGUUUGUGUUCAUGUUCUGUUUAUGUGUAGAAGUUGAAUUAAAACGGGGGGGAAAAGUAUUUUCUUGCUAUUUAUGUGUAUUUAAAUGAAUGAGCCUUGGCUAUAUUUUGCAAAAAUGUUUUAUAAAACACUAAAUGUUAAAACAACACUUUGGUCGGAUUGCACUCUCUUGGAUGGAUGGAUGGAUGAUGAGAAGACAAGGAUAGUUGGGUGAUUGAAA